AUGACCUUGUGCGGCGUCGUCUUCGCCAGCGCAGUCUGCUGCGAGCUGCCUAGCAUCGGACGCGGUGACUAUCUCUUCCAGCUGGACGACGUCAACUAUCUCAGUACCAUUGACCGGCCCGAAUACACCCUGAAAGCCGUCAUCCCGGGUGCGAGUGGAGUACUUCCCUUGACCAAGCUGACCCUCCAUGGGUCAGUGGUCACGGGAGACGACUUGCAGGCUAUGAUCAAGGAGUACAGCGAUAUCGAUGAUGUCUUCGGGACGCCUUUUCUUCGCUCAGUCCACAUUUCAACCUUGGGAUCGACGGCAUUGGACAAGUCUGCCACAGACCAUUUGUCUUCCAUGGGAACAGAGUAUCUCUUCGUGGACAAAGAGCGUGGGAGUCUACUCAGUUCAGAAACCAACCUCACUGUUAUCGAGACGAUCGCCCCUCACACAGACCCCAAUGUGCCGAAUGGUCCAUACAUGGCCUCAGUCUCUUCUACCGGUGUCUCAAUUUCCAGAGUGUAUCGGCUCUACGAAGACGUCUACAGAACCUUUCUCCACGGCACGUAUCCAUCAGGGCCCGACUCGUACCAAUCUUUCUCUCUAAUGAACCCCGACACCGAGUCUCCUUUGAUACCUGUGCCAUCGCGAGUGUAUUAUUUGGACGACGAUCGGCCCUUAGCUGGAGAGCGUGUUGGUGUCAAGGACAUCUACGAGACCAAGGGCUUGACUGCGACUUGGGGUAGCUUGGCAUACUACAAGAUUGCUAACAAGUCUGAGGAAAACCCCCCUUGUUUGCAGAGACUGAUUGACCUCGGCGCGGUCGUUGUCGGCAAGCAGAAGACUGCUCAAUUUGCCUCCGCAGCUGAUCCUUGGGACUGGACUGAUUUCCAGCCUCCAUUUAACCCGCGAGGCGAUGGUUAUCUGACCUGUUCUGCUUCAUCUUCCGGGUCAGCCUGCUCUAUUGCGGCCUACAACUGGCUUGAUUUCGCCCUUGGUUCGGACACCGGCCAAUCUGUACGCAGGCCCGCCGCUGUGUCCGGUAUAUAUGGGCAUCGCCCCUCUCAGGGUCUUAUGUCCACCACAGGGGUAAUGCCUAUCAGCUACUCUACCGACACCUUGGGUAUCUUUAGUCGGGACCCAUACAAGCUGGCAAGUGUCAACAAGCUCUGGUACAAGGCGUACUUGCACCAGAACGAGUCAACAACGCAUCUUCCCGCUAUACGCGAGCCAUCGCCAGAUACCACGGCAUUCCCAAGAAAAUUACUAUACGCAGUCGAUUUCCUGCCCAUGAAGAACCCCGAUGCCCAGGUAAUCCUGGACAAAUUCCUCAAGGACCUGACUGUAGCCUUUAACAUUACUAUGGUGGACUUUAAUUUCUCUCAAACACUGGAAGAGAUGAACGUACCGGGUGCCAACAACAUGACAAAUUUCCUCUCUACGCUCAGCACAAUGUUCACCUAUGACCAGGAAGUCAGUGUGGCCACACCGUUCUUGGAUGAAUACGCUGCCAAGUUCAAAGGUGCAUUUCCACCCUUGGACAAGCAGCACCGCGCUUACUUCCACGACAAAGACGCAUACGUAACGUCAGAAACUCACACACAGGCCCUCCAAGCUCGGAGAAAGGCAUUCGACGUCUGGGACGACAGAAUUCUGCACGGGAAUGAUGAGACCUGCUCUGAGACCAUGAUUGUCUACGAUAUUGGCUUCAAGGGGCUACCGUCGUUUCGUGAAUAUAGUCUCAACCAGGAUGAUGGGGCUGCAUUCCUCGUGGAAACAGGUACGGCAGGAGCUGGGGGCAACAUCUGCCCCUUUUUCGGAUGUGCCGACAUGACCGUGCCCAUCGGCCAGGUCACGUAUUACAGCAACGUCACUUUUACCGAGGUGAAUCUGCCAGUUACUGCUAGUCUGGCUGUCAGGCGAGGCUGCGAUGCUGCGCUGUGGAAUAUGGUGGAGAAGAUGGCGGAUCUCGGUAUUGUUUCUCCCGUCAAAGCCGGAACGUCACUUUACUAG